UCAUUGUUGAAAGGCAUAAGCUAAUUCCUUUAGUUUAUGCAGUAUUAGAUGUGCAAGAAGGUAAGUAUGGACAUGCUGAUGCAGUAAUAUAUUCGGGCCCAACUUUUAUAAGAAUAUGCAGUGGUAAGCAUGAUAGUAGUACCACGUACUCACGUGAAAAAGAUUUUGACAACUUGAUGAAUGAGGGGCAAUUGCGCAACUACACUACAACAACAAAUAAACAACCUAAACCUGUAGUGGUACUGCUAAGUGAUGGUGUAUGCUUUGCACCUUAUCAAAGUGUAUCUAAUUUAGUUGAAAGACGAAUAGCACCUCUAAGUCAUGACUUAGCUGGUGUCAUACUCCCACAUGAUACAUUUGGAACACAUUUGGAUACACAAUUGAGAACAAAUGAUGAGGAAUUAGAAAAAUGUAAUUUUAAAGCAGCUGGAGAUGUUUUAACAUCAGAAUCUAACUUAUCUGUAAAACCUCCUUUAGAUAUUCAAGAUUUCCAAGUAGACACUAAUGCGUCUAUUCACAACUAUCGACAUGAUGAAGUCUUGGUUAGUAACCAAAGUAAGGACGCUAUGUGGGUGGAAAAAGAAACAGUACCAGAAGAU